CAGACUGAUCAUCUUAUCAAGUGGUGCAGGACCCAUGAAUCAGAACAAAAGAAGCUCUUUUCAGACUCUACACAAGAUGCUCAGGAGGAAGGUAGGAGCAAGCAGCAAUUGCAACAUGGGAAGGGUGCCAUCUAUGUUGAGAUUGCAAAGGUGAUUUUCUCAGUCAGUGACAAGACACCUGAAUUUCAGGUCCUUGCUCAAGACAACCCAUCUGUCUUCACUGCUCCUAUCUGCAGUCAACUUGAAGUUUUAAAAAACAAGUAUCAAAAACAGAUUGCACUACUUGGGCAGAUGGGUGCUGGAUAUACCUAUGAGGAUCUGGUAGACAGCAGCAGCACAAAAAAUAUCAUUGCAAUGAUUGAGAAGGAAUUUCCAUGGUGGGGGAAAUUGCAUGGAUGGUGGUGCACAAACCCUGCCUACAAUAGUACCUGGAGUGCAGCUGAUAGCAGGCAGGAA